AUGGAAAACAAGGAUGGAAGCCUUCUCAUGUUACAGUCCUAUGAUGUUUGGUAUGCAACCAUCUAUGGUUUUGUUAUUCUCAAUCCAAAUAACCCUUUAGUAGAUGAUAAAGCUACUCUAGCAAAUGAUAGAAGAAUAAGGCAUGAUCUCUUAUGUGCUCUUAAGAAACAAGAGUUCACAAGGAUUAAAAACUGCAAGACAACUAAAGAAAUAUGGGAUUUUCUCAAGGUUGCUCAUGAAGGGAAUAAUAUAAUCAAGGAGAAGAAGAUACAACUUCUCAAGGUUCAAUAUGAAGGCUAUAAAAUGAAAGAAAAGGAAGCUAUCUCAGAGAACUUAUUCAGGAUCAAUGAAAUUGUGAACAACAUGAAGGCUCUUGGUGAAGAGUUUAAAAAUUUUGAAGUGUGCAAGAUGAUCUUAAGGACCUUAAAUCUAAGGUUUAAUGCUAAGUUCACUAUUCUUAAAGACAAAGACCUCUCUCAAAUGAAAAUUAAUGAUCUUUGA